GGCGCUCGCGGAGGUGAAGCGGGAGGGAGUCGCCCCCGCCCCCUCGGGCCGCGUCUCCCACGCUGUCUCCUCGGCCGGCGGGGACUCAGCCCAGCGCGCCGCCGCCGCCGCCGGCUCAGCGGAUCUUGUUUUUGCACUGAAUGUAGCCUGGACUGAUCUCACGGGCUUCGAGAGCCCUGGGAUACUUUCAAAGGUGGGACAUGAAGAUUUGGUAAUGGAAGGGCAUGGCAAGACUCCGCCUCCUGGUGAAGAAAGCCAACAAGAGAAGGAGCAAGAAAGGGAAGAACAGUUAAUGGAAGACAAGAAAAGGAAGAAAGAGGAUAAAAAGAAGAAAGAAGCUGCUCAGAAGGUCACGGAACAAAAAACCAAAGUGCCCGAAGUGACGAAACCAAGUUUAAGCCAACCAACGGCCGCCAGCCCAAUUGGCAGCUCUCCAUCGCCACCAGUCAAUGGUGGCAACAAUGCCAAAAGGGUGGCAGUGCCGAACGGACAACCGCCAAGCGCCGCCCGCUACAUGCCUCGGGAGGUGCCGCCGCGAUUCCGUUGCCAGCAGGACCACAAAGUGUUACUAAAACGUGGGCAGCCCCCUCCAGCCUCCUGUAUGCUCCUCGGGGGUGGGGCCGGACCUCCUCCCUCCACCACACCUGGAGCAAACCCCAACAACGCACAAGUGACAGGAGCCCUGCUGCAAAGUGAGAGUGGGCCUGCCUCAGAUUCAUCCAUCGGAGGUGCUGCUGCUUCAAAUUAUGCAAAUUCCACUUGGGGCCCAGGAGCCUCCUCCAGCAACGGCAGUGCUGCCAACCCCACUCCCACCUGGGACAAGGUGAUUGUAGACGGGUCUGACAUGGAAGAGUGGCCUUGUAUUGCCAGCAAAGACACUGAGGCUUCUUCUGAGAACACCACCGAGAACAACAGUGCCUCGAACCCUGGCUCAGAGAAAAGCCCUCUGCCGGGAAGCACCACUAGUCACAAAGGAAAAGGAAGCCAGGGCCCACCUGGGAGUGCUGGGAGCGAAUGUAAUCUUGGGGUCUGGAAAUCUGACCCCAAGGCUAAAUCUGUUCCACCUUCCAUCUCUGCUGCGGAGAACAGCAGCGGACUCGGGACCUGGAGGAACGUGGGUGGUCAGGAGAGGGUUGGCCCUGCUUCAGGCUUUAGCAGCUUCAACCCAAAUAGCAACCCGUCUGCCUGGCCUGCACUGGUCCAGGAGAGCGGUUCUAGGAAAGGGGCCCUGGAAGCCGAGAACAGCAGCCCCAGCGCUCAGGGGUCUGUAGUGGGCCAGGUAUCCAGGGAACAGCCGUCAAAGAUGGAAAAUGCGGGUGUUAACUAUGUCGUCUCUGGCAGAGAACAGGCUCCAGUUCAUAACACUGACGGACCAAAAAGCGGAAACACUAACUCUUUGAACUUAAGCUCACCCAACCCUGCAGAAAAUAAGGGCGUGCCCUUUGGGGUGGGCUUGGGGAGCUGCUCCAGGGGUGCCGAUACCCCUUCACAGAGCACUGGAGAUAGGCAGCCAGGGAAUUCUGGCUCUCGGGGUACAGGCAGGGGGUCUUCUGGAACUGACACAGUCUCUGGACAAAGCAACUCUGGGAACAAUGGGAACAAUGGAAAGGAGAGAGAGGACUCCUGGAAAGGCGCCUCUGGUCAGAAAUCUGCUGGGUCAAAAAAUGACUCUUGGGAUAACAACAGCAGAUCCACAGGAGGUGGGUCCUGGAACUUUGGCCCACCAGACCCAAAUGAAAACAAAUGGGUUGAAGGGAACAAAAUGGCGUCCGGGGUCUCUCAGGGAGAAUGGAAACAGCCGACUGGGUCUGAUGAAUUAAAGAUUGGAGAAUGGAGUGGUCCAAACCAACCAAAUUCUAGCACUGGAGCAUGGGACAAUCAAAAGGGCCACCCCCUCCCUGAAAACCAAGGCAAUUCCCAGGCUCCCUGUUGGGGGAGAUCUUCGAGCUCCACAGGAAGUGAGGUUGGGGGUCAGAGCACUGGAAGCAACCACAAAGCAGGAAGUAGUGACAGUCACAAUUCUGGACGACGGUCCUAUAGGCCCAACCAUCCCGAUAGCCAGGCGGUCUUGCAGACUUUGUUGAGCCGAACCGAUCUGGAUCCCCGGGUGCUUUCCAACACUGGCUGGGGCCAAACUCAAAUUAAACAGGAUACUAUUUGGGAUAUUGAAGAGAUGCCAAGGCCUGAGGGGAAAUCUGAUAAAGGGACAGAGGGGUGGGAGAGCUCUACCACACAGACCAAGAACUCAGGGGGCUGGGGAGAUGGACCCAGCCAAAGCAAUCAAAUAAAGUCUGGAUGGGGUGAGCUCUCAACCCCUACAGAGUGGAAAGACCCCAAAAAUACAGGAGGUUGGAAUGAUUAUAAGAACAAUAACUCCUCUAAUUGGGGAGGAGCAAGACCAGACGAAAAGACCUCUUCCUCUUGGAAUGACAACAAUUCUAGCAAGGAUCAGGGCUGGGGAGGACGUCAGCCUAAUCAAGGAUGGACUUCGGGAAAGAAUGGAUGGGGAGAAGAAGUUGAUCAAACUAAAAACAGUAAUUGGGAGAGUUCAGGAAGUAAACCAGCAUCUGGUUGGGGUGAAGGAGGUCAGAAUGAAAUUGGUACUUGGGGAAAUGGUGGAAAUGCAAACUUGACUUCUAAAAGUGGAUGGGAUGAUUGUAAAAGAUCUCCAGCCUGGACAAAUGAGACGGCUCGACAGUCCAGUUCCUGGAAUAAACAGCACCAACAACAGCCACCACAGCAGCAGCAGCAGCCACCACAGCAGCAGCAGCAGCAGCAGCAGCAGCAGCAAGAGGCCUCCAGUUCCUGGGGAGCCCCACCACAACCACCACCUCCAGGGAAUGGCCGGCCCCCCAAUCCCAGCUGGAACAGUGGGCCACAGCCAUCAGCUCCUAAGGACGAGGAACCCAGUGGUUGGGAGGAACCUUCCCCACAGUCCAUUAGCAGGAAGAUGGACAUUGAUGAUGGCACAUCAGCCUGGGGAGACCCAAGUAGUUAUAACUAUAAGAAUGUGAACCUGUGGGAUAAGAAUUCUCAAGGUGGUCAGGCCCCACGAGAACAAAGCCUGCCCACCCCGAUGACGAGUAAAACCUCAUCAGUCUGGAGCAAAAGCACACCACCUGCUCCAGAUAAUGGUACAUCAGCUUGGGGUGAGCCAAACGAAGCCAGCCCUGGGUGGGGUGACAUGGAUGAGACAGGAGCAUCCUCUACAGGCUGGGGCAACACCCCCUCCAGUGCUCCAAAUGCCAUGAAACCCAACUCCAAAUCUAUGCAAGAUGGAUGGGGGGAGAGUGAUGGGCCAGUGACAGGGACCCGCCAUCCCAGCUGGGAAGAAGAUGAUGAUGGAGGAGUUUGGAACACUGCGGGCUCUCAGGGAAGCAGCUCCUCUCAUAAUUCAGCAGGCUGGGGGCAAGGAGGGAAGAAACAGCAAAUGAAGUGUUCACUAAAAGGUGGAAACAGUGAUUCCUGGAUGAACCCUCUUGCCAAGCAGUUUUCUAAUAUGGGAUUGCUGAGUCAAGCCGAGGAUGGUCCAGGCAAUAAGAUGGACUUGUCUGUAGGGAGCCUUCCUGACAAGAAGUUUGAUGUGGACAAGCGAGCCAUGAAUCUCGGGGAUUUUAAUGAUAUCAUGAGGAAGGAUAGAUCUGGGUUCCGUCCACCUAAUUCCAAAGACAUGGGAACCACAGAUAGCGGGCCUUACUUUGAGAAGCUGACUUUGCCUUUCUCCAAUCAAGACGGGUGCCUUGGGGAUGAGGCUCCCUGCUCUCCCUUCUCCCCUUCUCCCAGCUACAAGCUGUCUCCCUCUGGCUCCACAGCACCCAACGUCAGCCUGGGGGCAAUCGGCACAGGGCUCAACCCCCAAAACUUCGCUGCUAGACAAGGUGGCAAUCAUGGUUUGUUUGGAAAUAGCACAGCACAAUCACGGGGCAUGCACACGCCAGUGCAGCCACUAAACUCUUCCCCUAAUCUACGGGCGCAAGUGCCUCCCCAGUUUAUUUCUCCCCAGGUUUCAGCCUCCGUGCUCAAGCAGUUUCCUAACAGUGGCCUGAAUCCUGGGCUGUUCAACUUGGGGCCUCAGCUGUCUCCCCAACAGAUCGCCAUGCUCAGCCAGCUGCCACAGAUCCCCCAGUUUCAGUUGGCCUGCCAGCUUCUCUUACAACAGCAGCAGCAGCAACAGCAGCUGCUCCAAAACCAGAGAAAGAUCUCCCAGGCUGUGCGGCAGCAGCACGAGCAGCAGAUUGCUCGGAUGAUGAGCGCAUUGCAACAACAACAGCAACAGCAGCAGCAGCAGCAGCAGCAGCAGCAGCGGCCACCCAGCAUGAAGCAUUCUCCAUCUCACCCCGUUGGACCCAAGCCACAUCUGGACAACCUGGUCCCCAGCACCCUGAAUGUGGGGCUCCCUGACCUUCAGAGCAAAGGGCAAAUUCCCGGCUACAGUUCUGGUUUUGGCUCAAGCGGUAUGGAUUAUGGCAUGGUUGGAGGGAAGGAAGCUGGGACAGAGUCUCGCUUUAAACAGUGGACUUCUAUGAUGGAAGGCCUGCCCUCUGUAGCUACACAAGAUGCCAGUAUGCACAAAAAUGGCGCCAUAGUACCCCCGGGAAAGGCUCGAGGAGGAUCGCCAUACAACCAGUUUGAUAUCAUCCCAGGCGACACGUUGGGGGGCCACACGGGGCCUGCUGGCGAUAGUUGGUUACCUGCCAAAUCUCCACCAACAAAUAAAAUUGGAAGUAAAUCCAGCCAUGCCAGUUGGCCUCCAGAAUUCCAACCAGGAGUGCCAUGGAAAGGUAUACAAAACAUUGACCCUGAGUCUGACCCCUAUGUGACCCCAGGAAGCGUGCUUGGGGGUACAGCCACAUCUCCCAUUGUAGAUACUGACCACCAACUUCUGCGGGACAACACCACAGGGUCUAAUUCUUCCCUCAACACCUCGCUGCCUUCACCUGGUGCCUGGCCCUACAGUGCCUCUGACAACUCCUUUACCAACGUUCAUAGCACUUCAGCAAAGUUCACUGAUUACAAAUCAACAUGGUCCCCAGAUCCCAUAGGACACAACCCCACUCAUCUCUCCAACAAGAUGUGGAAAAACCAUAUUUCCUCAAGAAACACUAGCGGGCUGCCCCGCCCACCUCCCGGCCUGACCAAUCCCAAACCGUCAUCUCCCUGGAGCAGCACAGCCCCCCGCUCAGUCAGGGGGUGGGGGGCCCAGGACUCCAGGCUUGCCUCAGCCUCUGCCUGGAGCGAUGGCGGCACAGCUCGUCCUAGUUACUGGCUGGUUCUUCACAACCUCACUCCCCAGAUUGACGGGUCAACCUUGAGGACUAUCUGCAUGCAGCACGGCCCGCUGCUGACAUUCCAUCUGAACCUGACCCAGGGCACGGCCCUGAUCCGAUACAGCACCAAACAGGAGGCGGCCAAGGCCCAGACUGCCCUGCACAUGUGCGUGUUGGGAAACACUACCAUCCUGGCUGAGUUUGCCACAGACGAGGAGGUGAGCCGGUUUUUGGCACAAGCUCAGCCCCCUACCCCUGCCGCGACGCCAAGUGCGCCCGCUGCUGCCGCUGCUGGCUGGCAGCCCCUGGAGACGGGACAAAGCCAGGCCGACCCUGUGGGCCCCGCCCUGAAUCUUUUCGGUGGGUCAGCAGGGCUCGGGCAGUGGAGCAGCGGAGGGGGCAGCAGCAGUGGGGGUGACCUCCCUGGCGCCUCCCUGUGGGGGCCCCCCAACUAUUCCUCCAGCUUGUGGGGGGUCCCCAGUGUGGAAGAUCCCCACAGGAUGGGCAGCCCUGCCCCUUUACUACCUGGUGACCUUCUGGGAGGAGGGUCGGAUUCAAUCUGAACUUCGAACUUUCAACUCUGACCUCGUGACCUUUUUUGGAACAGCAGCAGCACUAACUUGACCUUUUCGUUUUUUUUUUCAACUUGCAAUAAAUACAUUUUUAAAAGGAAAAAAGAAAACGGAGAGAGAAAAAAAAAAAAAGGUGGGUCAUUGCCAGACUGUCUGAGCACAUAGUUGCCUCCCUUAGAACUUCAGUUUUUUCGUUUGGAAAAUGAAUCCAAAAAGAGAACAUAUCACUCUUGAAAUACUUGAAUCAUGAACGCCAACCUAGAAAGACAAUGUGAAGCAAGUACACAGACCAUUUAAAUUUCAACACAAAAAAUUAAAAAAAUUAGUUUCUAGUUUUUCACUUUUUCAUGUUAUACGGAAGUUGUUGCUAAGAAACAUAUAUACUGAAAAAUAGCUUUUUAACUUGGUUUGCACUGGGUGUGUUUCCGUCCUUAGGUCUACCGUGUUGGGGGGGGGGAGGGCAAAAGAAUUGUAGGGGUUGGGGGAGGGAAGACUAGACGGAGCCUCACUUUAAAAACAAAACAAAAAACUUUAAAAAAAAAAAAGGAAAAAAAUCGUGAUCGGCUGGUUGAUAAAUACCAGUGUGUGCUGGCACAUGUAACUGCCCAGGCAUGCUUGUGGUCGGUGUGUGUGUGCACGUGUGUUCGUGGGCAUCUGUUUCUCUCGUGUGUGUGCGUGCGUGUGUAUGUGCGUGUGCGCCCCUCCUCCUCCGCCGCCUCCUCCGCCUCCACCCGCGUUGCUGCCAGUCUGCUGGCCGGCCGGCCGGCCCUCUGCAUUUCUGGACUCAGAGAAGGCCGCCCUGGGCUGACGCCAGCCCCAGCCGGGCUGCAUUAGGACUUCAGGAGAAUGCUUUUCGUGCCCUCAAGCAGGGAGUUCUUUUGUGUUGGCGAGUCCUUUGCAUGUGUGAGACGUGUGAGAGCGUGCGAGACAGCCUUGACUUCCAUCAGCAGCAGAGUGGAGCACUGCCAUGCCCAGACAUGAGAUGAGCAGGGGCGCCUCGAGUGACCGUGUACUCCUUUGUUCAUCCAUGUAUUUAUUCCAUAUUUAUUUCUGGUUUUAAAAUAAGAGGCGCAGCCGAGCCCCCAGCCGGUGUGUCCUUUUUCGUUUUAAUGGGAAUGGGCGGAAAGAGCUCUGCGCGCUCUGGCGUGCUGUCCAAAGUGAACAGAGAGCAGGCGCCCCCUUCCCCGCUGGACGUGCGAAAUCUCACGCUUCCCUCAGUUCCCACCGACUUGUCUCGCCCUCUUUUUACCAAACAGAACAAAGGCGGAGCGAGCGGCCCAGGCAGCUCCCCUCUCUGCUCCCUGCGCCAGGCCGGGGGGCGGCGGGCGGCGGGUCACAGCCCCGGAGCGUCGCUGACCGAAACGUUUACUGAAGAAUGUUCUUAAACAGUGUGUACUUCAAGCCUUUCCUCUCGUUCCUCCGUGUCGUGUGUUCCUGUGUAUGUGGUUUUGCUUAGACAGUUCUGACUAGCAGAGACUUUAAGUAUUGCACCUUGUUUUCCUGUAUUGUGGCUUUUUUAUUUUGGUAUUUAAAGAAACUCGUGAGUGUCCGUGUAGUACUCUGGGCGGAACAGGGGCAACCUUAGAAUCCACAGUUGUGUGGGCCCGGCUCGCCAUCGGUACUGCUGCUUGUGGGGACGGGGGCCGAACGGACCGCAGGGAGGGGGUCCCCUUCCCACCCUGCGUCCGCCUCUGGCCUGGGCAGGGAGAAGGGCUAGCACUUGGUUAGGUGCAGUGGACAUUAUCUGUCUGCAUUCAACCGCUUUCCAUAAAGUGCCCGCAUUCUGUACCAGCAAAUGCCUGCUCACUCGGACCCGAGCCUCGGUGGGAGCAGCCCACUGCUGUCCUUGUCGGCUUUCUGAUGGGGAGGACAGGGGAGUGUCUUUCUGGAGCAUCUUCAGUGAAGGGUACAACAAUG